CAGUGGAUGGAUGAAGUGGAGGGAGGGCAGAAGAUUCCUGGAGAUCAUCGCAGCUGGGAUGUUCAGCUGGAAACUGAGGAGCUGCAGAGGCAAAACUUCCAGAGCUUCCUCAUGUAUUUGCCCUGCUUGGAAAUCUCGCUGACAUCCUGGAGGUCUCUGGCUGAGGAAACGUUCAGCUGCUGUGGGAUGCUGGACCAAAACCACCAGUGUUAGUGAGCAGGAUCGGCCGAGACCAGAAGGAGGGAAGCCGGGAUGUUAGAGCCGUGCCUGGUUUGGCGGGGAGACCUGUGAAGAAUGAAGGCGGACGUACUCGCCUACCUGGCUCUGGCUGCAGCCAGCUUUGUUGCCACCGUGACCGGCGGUCGCAGCUCGAGCCGCAGGAAACACAAAGAGGUCUUCCUCGGGGAGAACAGCAAGUUCAAGUUUGGAGGGCGUAUUGACUACAAGCUGAAGAGGCAGGACAGCACCAAGACACUGUUAAUAAAAAGUGAACAACUGCUGAGGAUUGAAGAGCACGACUUCGCCAUGAGACCAGGCUUCGGAGGGGCACCCAUCCCCGUAGGCAUCGACGUGCAGGUGGAGAGUAUCGACAGCAUCUCGGAGGUCAACAUGGACUUCACCAUGACUCUGUACCUGCGUCACUACUGGAAGGACGAGCGGCUGGCGUUCCCGUCCGGCAGCAACCAGAGCAGGACCUUCGACUCCCGCCUGGUGAAGAAGAUCUGGGUUCCUGACGUCUUCUUCGUCCACUCCAAACGCUCCUUCAUCCACGACACCACCACGGAGAACAUCAUGCUGCGGGUCUAUCCUGAUGGAAAAAUCCUCUACAGCGUCAGGGUCACGGUGACGGCUCUCUGCUCUAUGGACUUUAGCAGCUUCCCUUUGGACACACAGAACUGCUCGCUGGAGUUGGAGAGCUAUGCGUAUAAUGAGAACGACCUGAUGCUGUACUGGAAGAACGGCAACGACUCUCUGCGGACGGACGAGAUCGUCCUGUCACAGUUCUUCAUUGAGCACUUCCAAGCCUCCAGCGGCCUGGCUUUCUACAGCAGCACCGGCUGGUACAACCGCCUCUUCAUAACCUUCAUCCUGCGGAGGCACAUCUUCUUCUUCAUGCUGCAGACAUACUUCCCCACGAUGCUGAUGGUCGUCCUCUCCUGGGUCUCCUUCUGGAUAGACAGGCGGGCCGUUCCUGCGCGAGUGUCUCUGGGUAUAACCACGGUGCUAACCAUGUCCACCAUCAUCACAGGAGUGUCGUCCUCGAUGCCUCAGGUGUCGUACGUGAAAGCGGUCGACAUUUACCUGUGGACCAGCUUCCUGUUUGUCUUCCUGUCUGUGAUCGAAUAUGCAGCCGUGAACUACUGCACCACUCUGGAGGAGAUGAGGAAGAUGAAGAGGGGGAAGAUCCCGUCCACCUUCAACGCAAGCCAAGCGAUGGCCUUUGACGGCUGCUUCCACGACAACGACAUUGAGCUGACCACGUUCCCCCGACUGGCGCCCACCUUGACCUCUGAACCUCUGACAUCGCCAACUCAAAGCUCAGACAUCCGCCCCAUUGAGGGGACUCGCCUCCGCCGGCAGCGUUCUGUCCGCGAAAACGUGGACCUGCUGGUCAGCAACAGCUACAUGAUCGACUCGUACUCCAGACUGGCCUUCCCUCUGUCCUACCUGCUCUUCAACACCAUCUACUGGAGCAUGUACACCUGAUCCAGCAGCGAAUACGCUCUGAGCAGGAGUGCUGCAGAGGAGAUUCCUCCUCUCCACGGGGGUCCACGGGUGCUUUACUGAAAUGUUCUUGGUCAGAGGGGCCUCAGCUCCAUCCUGCUGAUGUUCUUUGUAAAAGAACUGCAAUAAAACCUCUCGAGGCCCCUCAGCCUGAGUGCGAACUCCCUAACUGUUCAUUUAUCUCAUUGGAGGGGCUGAAAUCCUGGAAGUCAGACUCUUUCUGUUAGGAUGAUCUGUUCAUGUGUCUUUUCUUUCGUGUUUCAUCGUAGCCUAAAACUCAAAGCUCAUAUUGAUCUGUGCUAUUGAUAUAUGACAUCUUUAUCAAUUUCUUUAGCUACAUGAUGCAAAAUUAGACUCAAAUUAAUGUGAAUAUGUGAUGAAUGUUUUGGAGCAAAUAAAACUGUAUCUUGUUUGUCGUGUUGCAGUGCGCUGCAGUUCCUGCAUUAGUGACCUCUGACCCUCUUACUGAGCUUUGGGAAAAUGUUCUGGAUUUAUGUUUCAACAUUUCUCUUCAAAAUGACCAAAAAUGUCAGUAAUAAUAAUUUAAAACAGGAUCAUUUCAUAAUCAUUUUUUUUUUCAGAUUAAAAAAAAAUUAUUUAUUUGGACAUAAAAAAUAAGAUUGAAAAAUCACACAGAGACAUUUAAUUUCAAGAUGUUUAAUUAAGUAAAUUUUAAAUAUGUAAUAACUACAUGUAGAGGUAAAGGCUGAAGUAUUUGUUCCACUACAAUGAUUUCAGAUUUUCUUAAUUAAAAAAUGUGAGACAUUUUAUUGUAAAUUAACCCACUGAGCUGUUUAUGCAAAUUAAAUUCAUGUAGUUUUGUUGAUCUUUAAACAUAUUAUGGUUCCAGCUUCCAGAAAGAACAUUUGCUGCCUUGGAUGGAUCCAUGGUUUCCUGAUUGGUUGUGGUUCAGGUCGGCUGUUUGAUCCCUGACUCCUCCGGUCUGUGUGCCGAAGUAUCCUUGAUACUGAACCCUGAGCUGCCCCUGCUGUAUCCAUCAGCUCGCAUGUGUGUGUGUGCAAGUGCUGUACGAUUGUGUGUGUGAUUGUGUAAAUGAGAGCUUUAGUAGAAAAACCUUGUGCUCAGUUGAGUAGAAAAGCACCAUAUGAAGCACGACCUGCCAUCUGAAUGUCACAGUAGAAACAGAUCAUCAGAUCAGCUGACUUUAUUCCAGUUUACUGCUGUCUGGUUUUGGUGAGCUCACUGGAUACCUUCUCACUUUGAACUUCAGCAGGUCGUCUUGAUCAUGCCUACAUGCCCAAAUGCACUGAUUUGCUGCCAUUAAAUAUUUGCAAAUUAUUGUGAGUUUGUGUGUGUGCAUGUGCAGAUACACUAUAUGGCCAAAAGUAUUCACUUGUCUGCUUUCACACACAUAUGUACCUGAGUAACAUCCCAUUCUUAAUCCAUAGGGUUUAAUAUGAUGUGACACAAAUGGAAACCAAUAGGGUUGGCAGUGUUGCCAACUUAACGACUUUGUCGCUAGAUUUAGCGGCUUUUCAGACCCCCCUAGCGAGUCUUUUUUUCCAAAAAGCGACUAGCGACCAAUUUAGCGAGUUUUCCCAGUGACGUCGACGACUUUUGGAGAGUUUUUUAUUAACCUGAAAUCCUCCGCUAUCGCCAUGUUUUGUGUAUAUACAGCCUUGGUAUUACGUACGUUCAGACGCUUUGGCAUCGCCCGGACCCCCAAGAGUACCUGGCUGUUGGUAUAUACCGUAAGUCACGUGACCUUAAUAGAGGAAGUGGGUCUGCUGUCCUCGUGAUGUAGCCGGUGGAUACCACGCGGCAUUGAGUGGAUAGUCCCGUUGCUGCGAUAUAUCAGCGAAUAUGUUUAUGGAUUUACUGAGCUGGCUGAAAUCCUGCUGACUGAAGAAUGGAAGUUUGUUCAUUCAGUCUGUUUACAUGUUUUGUUAUCUUACACAGGAAACACUUUGGUGAAGCAGACUGGCUUUAAAAAGAAUAAGCCAGCCUUUUGCUGUUUUUUGCUUUGUGUCUUUUCUGUUUACAUUUUAAUAGCACAGCUGUCAGUCUUUUGUUAUGGAGGAAA